CGAGUCCCUCCAAAGUCCCCAGCAACAGAGUCAGGCUCUGCUUCUUCCUCCUCUAUCGAGCAGAGAGAAGCCGACGAUGGGAGGUUACCGAUCUCUAAGCGAGAUCACCGCCGACCAAAUCUCGGCCGUAGGAAUCCCAUCCGACGAAGCGGAGUCCCUCCACCGCGAGCUCCGCCGCAUGCUCCGAGAUCACGGGAGCAGUGCACGAGACACGUGGAAGUGCAUAUCGAAGAGGAUGCUAAACCCUAAUCAGCCCUUCGCUCUUCAUCAGAUGAUGUAUUAUGGCUGCUACAAGGAUUAUCCUUCUGAUACUCCGCCUGCUUGGUUUCCUGACGAAGAGAGUGUGGCUUUGACAAAUGUUGGUCAGCUAUUGAUGAAACGAGGAAGGGAGUUGCUUGGUUCGAGAUACGAAGAUCCAAUCACCAGUUUCUCUGAGCUCCAGAAGUUCUCAGUCUCAAACCCUGAGGUUUAUUGGAAAAUGGUAUUUGAGGAGCUACGCGUAACAUUCUCUGUAUCCCCAUCAUGUAUAUUGCUUGAGCAUAAUUCUUUUCCUGGAGGUCAGUGGUUACCGGGGGCUUAUAUAAAUGCCGCUGCAAAUUGUUUGAGUUUCAAUGAUAAAAGAGGCCCAGAUGAUGUAAUGGUUAUAUGGAGAGAUGAAGAAUGUGAUUCAUUACCUGUGCAACGAAUGACCUUGAAGGAACUAAAUAGGGAAGUAUGUCUGGUUGCAAAUUCCCUCGAUAUGCUUAAGCUGGCAAAAGGAUCUGCUAUUGCAAUAGAUAUGCCAAUGACCGUGAAUGCUGUUAUUAUAUACCUUGCUAUUGUUUUAGCAGGGUAUGUGGUUGUGUCGAUUGCAGAUAGUUUUGCUCCUGUUGAAAUAUCUACUAGGCUGAGAAUAUCAAAUGCAAAAGCUAUUUUCACACAGGAUUAUAUUAUUCGUGGAGAUAAAGAGCUACCCCUUUAUAGAAGGGUCAUUGAUGCUCAUGCUCCUUUAGCAGUUGUUCUUCCUACUAGGGGCUCUACCUUCAUUAACGGGUUGCGAACUGGUGAUAUGUCUUGGCAUGAUUUCCUGAGAAGUGCUAAACUUGCUAACGCCAAUCAGUACACUGCAGUAGUACAACCGGUUCAAGCAUUCACCAACAUACUCUUCUCUUCUGGAACAACAGGGGAACCUAAAGCUAUCCCCUGGACUCAUGCAACUCCUAUCAAAGCUGCCGCUGAUGCAUGGUCUCAUACGGAUGUUCGCAAAGGUGAUGUCGUUGCAUGGCCUACUAACUUAGGUUGGAUGAUGGGUCCUUGGCUUGUUUAUGCUACCUUGCUUAAUGGGGCCUCUAUGGCUCUUUACAAUGGAUCCCCCCUUCACUCAGGAUUUGCAAAGUUUGUACAGGAUGCUAAGGUAACAAUGCUUGGGGUUGUCCCAAGCAUUGUGCGUGCUUGGAAAAGUACAAAUUGUACCGCAGCCCUUGAUUGGUCUUCCAUUCGUUGCUUUAGUUCAACCGGGGAGGCAUCUAGUGUGGACGAGUAUCUAUGGCUGAUGGGGAGAGCUUACUACAAACCUGUCAUUGAGCUCUGUGGUGGUACAGAGAUAGGAGGUGGCUUCAUUUCUGGAUCUUUGUUACAACCUCAAGCAUUGGCUGCAUUCAGUACACCUGCAAUGGGUUGUAACCUGUUCAUCCUCGACAGUAAUGGACACCCCCUUCCGCAGAAUAUGCAGGGUAUUGGAGAGCUAGCACUUGAUCCAACCAUGUUUGGGGCAUCAACGACAUUAUUAAAUGCUGAUCACUACAAUGUUUACUUCAAGGGCAUGCCAAUGUGGAAUGGAAAAGUGCUUCGACGGCAUGGAGAUGUAUUUGAGCUUAAUGCUGCAGGAUACUAUAGGGCCCAUGGAAGGGCAGAUGACACAAUGAAUCUUGGUGGCAUUAAGGUAAGUUCAGUCGAAAUUGAGAGAGUCUGUAAUGGAGUCAACGAUGAUAUCCUUGAGACGGCUGCAAUUGGGCUGCCACCAUCUGGUGGGGGCCCAGAACAAUUGGUGAUUGCUAUUGUCUUCAAAGAUCAACGGAUUUCUGGAAAAGACCUGGAAAAUUUUAAAAUGGCUUUCAACACUGCACUUCAGAAGGAAUUGAAUCCUCUAUUCAGGGUUUCAUCAGUUGUGGCUGUUCCAUCUCUUCCACGGACAGCUACAAAUAAAGUGAUGAGGAGAGUCCUGCGUCAGCAGUUCUCCCAAUCUAACCAUAGUGCUAAGCUUUAAAUCAUGUAUGUUUUUUUCCCCAAAGAAAGUAUUUACUUCAUCUGUUGUCUCCACUAUUAUAUGCAGGAAAUAUCUCGUCUUAUAGUACAUCUAUUAUUGUUCCAGAUAUGUAUAAAUUAUCUGUAACUUUAGACAUCUUUCGAGAAUAUAAACAGGCAGCUACCAUGGCUGCAGUUGUGAAGUCCCUCUGUUAACAUGGAUGUGGCUUAGGUU